UAUCAGGUCCAAUUAUAAAAUUUAAAGUCCCCGUUGGUUUUUAAAAUUGAAAAUCUAAUUACAAAAAUAAAAUAAAAUUGCAAUUCAUUUCAUAGGAACACAAUGACAACUGCUCAUAGGCCAACAUUUUACCAAGCGUUAGGAGGGGAUAAUCAAGGAGGUAACUACCUUGUCGCUCCAUCUACUAAGGUUUCAAGUCGUGACCUGGCGAGUCACACCACUUUGAAGUUCCGCCAAGCAAGACCUCUUCCUAUGUAUAGUGAACACACUCAAGCCAAAGAAGAACCAUCACGUGAAUCUUUAAAAGAAGUCUUACAUAAAAAAGAACAGGAACAUUAUGAGAAAAUUCAUAGAGAAAAGAGGAUUAUUCAACCUGUUGAAGCUCUCAAAGACUCGUCAAGUCGACGCUUUCCCGUAGCAAAGUUGCCUAAACCACACGUCAAUAUUUUAUUGGACGAUGUGGAAGAAAAUCCUUUUCCUCAAGACGAAGACGAUACUGGUGGAGAAAACCUAACGAAUGCAAGUUUUCCCCAGACAUAUCAUUCGCUGUACCAAGAAGAAAACGAGGAAGGUGAUGAUGAUGAAACUGAUGAUGAUGAUGAUGAUGAAGCGGAACUGAUGCGAGAGCUUGAGAAAAUUAAAGAAGAACGUCAAAUGGAAGAAUUAAAACAAAAAGAAACAGAGUUAAAAGAGUCGUCUUCAAAAGAACAUUUGAGAAUCCUUCAUUCCAAUCCUCUAAUGCUCCAUCAGGAUUCCACUUUGAAAAGGCGUUGGGACGAUGAUGUCGUUUUUCGUAAUCAAGCCAAAAAUAUCCCCAAAAUCGAAAAAAGAUUUAUUAAUGAUACAGUUCGGUCGGAUUUUCAUAAAAAAUUUUUAGCGCGUUACAUUCAGUAAAACAUCUUCUUUACUCUUAUAGUGCAGCAGCACGCGAACAACAUGGAGAAAGACUAGUAAAAGUUGUUUCACUUGGAAGUUUUUUUAACAUUUUUGUCAUUUAUUUAAACCUUUUUCCUUUCACAAGCCUACUGUAUUUUUCUUCUUCUUUAGACUGUACCCAUGUCGAUAUGCACAAAAAUGAACGUUUCUAAUAGAUGUUUUAUUUUGUAUUUUCUGGUUUUUGGUUUUUUUAUAUCCACGGUUAUCAUCGUUAAUACUUUUCUUUUGCUUGAAAUGUCUGAUAUAUCUACCUUUAUAGUAAGCAGAAAAAAAAUAGAAACAGAGACACA